GGCCAAUGUAAUUUUGCCAUUUCAAUGGAGAGCUAAUCAAUCGGUAUACAAAAUCAUGUCUGCUUCUACCUGCUCAUCUAACACCAUAGUUGAUCAACCAUCAGUGUUGCUAAUCUGCGCCGGUAGCCUCACAUGCACCUUCUUCCGCCGGUGACUCUAUAUCCCUCAAUCUCUAUCUCUUCAAUGUUUAAGUUUUUCACUACGCUUUUCGUUCUCUGGAGUUUCGACUCGUCAUCAUUGUUAUCAUCCGCUUUGCCCAAUUCCCCGACGCUAGGAUCACGUUCGAUACUACGUGCUAUCAAACGAGGCGCUGAUCGACCUAGUUUGGUGGUUGAUUUGAACAGCACCAAUUUCGAUGCAGUUCUCAAGGAAACUCCUGCUGCUUACGCCAUUAUUGAAUUCUUCGCUCACUGGUGCCCAGCUUGCAGGAACUACAAGCCUCAAUAUGAAAAAGUUGCAAGGCUUUUCAAUGGAGCAAAUGCAAUUCAUCCUGGGAUUAUCUUGAUGACAAGACUAGACUGUGCCCAUAAGGCAAAUACUAAACUUUGUACAGCAUUCUCUGUGCACUAUUUCCCAGUGCUCUUAUGGGGCCCACCUGCUAAACUCAUUGCUGGUCGUUAUAAUGGUAAAAAAGUAAAAAGUGAAAUAAAAUUGGUUGAAGAUUGGGAAUCAUCUAAACUCCUUCUCAAUUGGAUUAAUACACAAUUAAAAAGUUCAUAUGAGUUAGAAGAUGAGAAAUUUGAACAUGAUGAGCUUCUUCAAUCAAAUGUCUCAGACUCUGGACAGGUAGCUCGUGCAAUAUAUGAUGUUGAAGAAUCCACAACCAUUGCCUUUGACAUUAUUUUGGAACACAAGAUGAUUAAAUCGGAUACUCGUGCUAUCUUUAUAAAGUUUUUGCAACUUAUGGUGGCUCAUCACCCUUCUAGAAGGUGUAGAAAGGGAAGUGCUAACAUACUUGUGAACUUUGACGAUUUAUACCCUUCAAAUAUAUCAUCAAUAAACAAUCAUGAAGUGGAUAAUAUCAUUGGACUUGAUGCUCUAAGCACCUUUCAAAUUUGUGGAAAACAAGUUCCACGUGGAUAUUGGAUGUUUUGUCGUGGUAGCAAGAAGGAUACUAGAGGCUUCAGUUGUGGGUUAUGGGUGCUAUUACAUUCACUUUCUGUAAGAGUAGAUGAUGAAGAGAGCCAAAUUGCCUUCAAAGCCACCUGUGAUUUUAUUCACAAGUUUUUCAUCUGUGAAGAAUGUAGUCAACAUUUUUAUAAAAUGUGCUCAAGUGUUUCAACUCCAUUAAACACAACCCGCGAAUUUGUCCUCUGGUUAUGGACAGUCCACAACAAAGUCAACGAAAGACUAAUGAAAACCGAAUCCCUUCUUGGAACCGGUGACCCCAAAUUUCCCAAAAUACCCUUCCCUCCAAACCAACUUUGCCCCUCAUGUUACUCCAACAAUCAAACUAAAGAAAACAAUUCUUCCAUAAACUGGGACCACAAUGAGGUGUUCAAGUUCCUACUUGACUACUAUGGGAACAUGCUUGUGUCUAGUUACAAAGACAAGGACACUGACAUCAUCAGCCACGUCAGCAUAACAAGCCAGGUGGACUCGGAUGAUUUGGUAUCGGGAACCGCGAUUGUGGUGCCAGUUGGUGCUGCCAUGGCCAUUGCAGUUGCCAGCUGUCUGUUUGGUGCGUUGGCGUACGUGUGGCGGUCGCGACAGAAGAACCGGAAGUAUUUCCACAAACCCGAGUUUUUAAAGAAUGUUUAAAUUAGUAGGAGUACGAGACGAGGGGUAUUUUGGGGAAUUGAAGAGGAGAGAGAGAGAGAGAGAGAUUCGUGCACAUACAAGUGAAAAAUCGGGAG